CGGUCUGCCAUCUUGGCAGUUUCGCCGACGAUGGUAAGAGGAGCGGAUCGGUGACGUCGCGGCUGAAAUAAACAUCGUGUGCGUGCGAGCGGCUCGUCGGCUCUCGACACGAGGAACGCCGACGUAUUGUGGGCGACGUUGGAAGCCGCGUGUGCCACCGCAGGUGUUCGCCGGCGUGCCGAACGAACGGUUUUGUGAAUAAACCGCGUGUAACCCCGUGCCCCCCACGAGUAAUUAUCGGAAGGGAAUAUCGCGACUGCCCUACACGGACACCGCACCACGGGCGGCAGCCAGCGACGACGUCGCCGUCACCGACGAGGAUCGCGAUGAUGUCGCGUCGUCCGACGCUCGCGUAGACAACCCCGUCGUUGCCCUCGCCGUGAAAUCGCUGUACGCUCGUCAUCUUCGUCUUCUUCUUGCUCCUCGUCUCUAGAUCGACCGCGCGGCGGACCGCGGUGGACUCAUGGAAGGCACGCUGGAAGAGUCUGCUGCCAAGGACUCUUCUCGGAACAGUCCCGACAAGCAUCCGAAAGAUAUGAUUAUCCCAAAUGGUGUCAAUGGGAACUAUAGUGCUAACAAUGAAGAAUAUAUGGAUACUAGCGAUGAUAUGAGCAAGACUGCAUUAAAGGAUAUUAUCACUGAGGAAGAGGAUGAUGAUGAAGAAGAAGAGGAGGAGGAAGAGGAGGAGGAGGAAGAAGGUGACGAGGAGGAUGACGAGGAUGAUCCUGAAAGAGCAGUUGAGAUUCAAGAAAGUAAGAAUGAAGACAGUGAACAAAAUGAAGCUAUAGGUAAUACUAGUAAGCAGGGUGAAACUGAGUUUGAUUUGAAAAAUGACUUUAAAGUAUCCAAAUCAUCAGAUGGUGUCAGUGAGACGAACAAUUCUAGUGAAGUGUCUAAAACUGAAAUAACCGAGUGUAAAAACACAUCUUAUGAAGUUAUGGAAGUAGAUGAACAGAGUAAUAACUCUGAUGUAGAGUGUCUCGAUGAGAGUAUCACAGAAAUACAACUGGAUAAUGAUGAUGUGUUUAUGUCGGAGAAAAACAUUGAGAAGCAGGGCAACAAUGACAUGUUAUCAAACUGUAGCUGUGACAGUGAUGAUGAGAUUGCUGACAGCAGUAUGGAAAAGUCAGAUGUCAAGCUCUGUGAAGAGAACGGAAGUUGUGGCAGUCCCGAUAUCGAGGAAAUAACUGACAGUGCGAAAAACAGCGAUCACGAUACGUCACUGGAACGUGCUAUGAAAGAUUCCAUGAAACAGAGGAAAUCACGGAAACAGGUAGAUCUUAGUAAUAUCACGCCAAGAAGGAGUUCGCGCAACAUCAAACGAACGAGCUACAUAGAGAAGGAGUUGGAGGAGGAAGUGGACGACGAUGGAUCUGACAUAGAAGAGAUUAAACCGGAAGAUCCACUGGCUGUCAUCGACAGCAAAGACAAGGAGAAUUCUAAGCUGAAGUCACCAGUUAGAAACAGUAAAACCACUAUCGUUGUUAACGAUACAAAGCGGCUGGUGGAGAUCGCUGCCGGUAGUAAAUCCGUCAAGGGCGGAAAGAAGGAGCCCACGUUAGUUAUAAUAGACACAAACUCCAUCCUUUCGGGACGCAGCGGAGUGCCCGUAAGUAACAGCAAACCUCAUCAUUCUGUCUCCAACUCCAGCCCAUUCUCGGUUGUCCCAAUGAGCGGCAUGACAACGCAGACGAUGUAUCCCAAUAUGAGGACAACCAUCACUCCAGUACCCAUGACUUCAAAAACGGCACAGUUGAGUCCGAAAACCAGUAGCAUGACUACAGUCACGCCAACGAUAGCGCCGAUAUUACCGACCUUGACCGACGAUAUGUUCGUGGUUGAAGCACCAUCUUUCAUAGUACCUUAUGUAUACGAAAAACCACCUUUAAAACCAUUAAAAGAGUAUGUCACCAAAUUAGAAAGAAACAUAGAGGAGAGAGAAAAAGAAGAAAAGUUGAGAAGACUCGCUGACGAGAAUAAGAAUGAUGAAGAAAAUAAAGAUGAUUCUAUGGAUAUUAUUAAAAGGGGUAGCGAUAAAUCUGAGGAUGAAAAUGAAGGAAAAAGCAAGCGAGACGACGAUGAUCGAGACAGUUCGAUCGACUUGAUCGAGCACGGAUUCAGUAGUAUAGGUGACAAACAUGAUUUAAGGCAAGAUGACAGAAAUAAAAUACCGACAUACUUCGAACAGCCAUUGGGAAAGUUCUUUAUGCAAAUCGGAAUGAACCUCGUUCAGGAGUUUGUGCAAACUGAUCUCUUACGGACUCAAAAGCGUAAACAAGGCAAGGGUAGUACAUCGGCCGAGACUCAAAUAGCUAUUAAUUCACUUAUCAAGAAUUUAGAAUUUAGUAAAGAAAAUAACGAACCAUUCCAUUUAGAAAUGAAGAAAUGCGAGUUCUGUAGCUUUAAAACGGAAUCGACAUUAGUCAUGCAGCAUCAUCUAGAAACCCCGCAUAUGCGCAAUUACGUUUACAAGUGUAAUUUCUGCCCGAUGGAAGUUCGUAGUCCACACGAUAUCCUAUAUCACAUGGAAGCGGAGCAUAAUACUCGCGGCAGAUUAGAGCGUGGUCCUGCUUUCCACCAAUGCCCGAAUUGUCCGUUUGAGGAUAAUCAGAAGGGUAAAUUGACGCGGCACAUCCUCGCCUGCACGAAGAAGUUUAGACCGGAAAGGAACCUAGAGCCCGCGGUGGACUGGGAACCGCCGGCCAAAAUACCGCGUCUAAAUCGUGCGCGACCGGUCGGUCCAACCAAUCCGAAUGCGCUCGCAGCCAUGGCGAUGAGCGCUAAAGGUCCUCAACCAUUGUUACCAAAAUUGCUCCCUACGCCAAUCACGGGUCGUGGAAGAGGACGACCGCCAAUGCAACCAAGAUAUACAACCGAUCUGAAAACAUUGCGGCCAGGUGCUACUACAAUGCGGCAAGACAAUGUUGCAGGAAUGAUGUAUCGUCCCACAUCUUCUGGUUUAUUGGUACCCACGUCUUAUCAAUUUGGUAGUAACCAAAUAUUCCAGGUGGUGGGUGGCUCUGGGACUGUCAUGUCGGCUGUCUCGGGAGUGAGUAGCAGUAGCGGCGGCAGUUCCGGUCAACCCACACCAAUUGCACUUGUACCCAACGUAAUCGACUCUCUGUCUAGGUUGUCCUCGUCACAGAACACAACAGCCAGUCCAAAAAAUCCUACAGCAAAAUUAUUAAGUCAGCCAAGUAUAUCUAUUACUCCAUUACCACGUACAACAUCUCAAACCUCCAUUCCAGGAUCAGGAACUUCUUCAAAAUCUGGAGGAAAAAAUACGUUUGUUAUAUGUGAAAUUUGUGAUGGAUAUAUUAAGGAUCUAGAACAAUUACGAAAUCAUAUGCAAUGGAUCCACAAAGUAAAAAUACAUCCAAAGAUGAUUUAUAACAGACCUCCAUUAAACUGCCAGAAAUGCCAAUUCCGAUUUUUCACAGAUCAGGGUUUGGAAAGACACUUAUUAGGAUCUCAUGGACUUGUUACGUCCAGUAUGCAAGAGGCAGCAAAUAAAGGGAAAGAUGCAGGUCGUUGUCCAGCUUGUGGCAGGGUAUAUCAAUGGAAAUUAUUAAAUCAUGUUGCUCGAGAUCACGGGAUGACAUUAAAACCAGCACAUCUAUCAUAUAAAUGUACAGUUUGCACUGCCACAUUCGGAAUGUAUAAGCAAUUCGAAAAUCACGUGUAUUCGGCGCACAGUGUCGUAGCGAAGAGAGUAAUGGAUAAGAAGAACGCGCCCGCGUCUCCAUCGUCCAGAUCGAACGAUUCGCUUCUAAAGCCAUUGAAGAUUAACGACGAGAUCACGAUUAUUCCGCAACCGGCGAAACCCACAACCAGAUCCGGUGCGAUUCAAGGCAGGGGAAAAUAGCAAUGAUGAGCUUGAGUGAUACUUGUGUCUUGUCUGAUCGAAUUUCGCAUAACUCUUUGUGGUACUCUAUUAUCGAUCACUGCGAACGUACAGUGGUUAACGUGCCGUUAACGUGUACAUGUGUAUGUAUACUAUGCUUUAAGGCGAAUUAAUUCCAACAUCUAAAGGAGAAAAAAAAACGAAAAACGAGGGAAAAGAAAAAGAAAAAAAACUUACAACUCUUGAACAACAAAGGAAACUAGUUGACUGCGUAAUAAUAUUCCAUCAAUGAUUAUACCGAUAUAUAUUUAUUUAAGAAUUUUUAUUGUUGUUAUCGGACCUACAUAAAAUAGACUGUAAAAACAUUAAAGGGUGGCCUUCAGUCUG